AUGGACUCGAUUCAAUCUACCACUGCCAUCGUAGCCCAUGCCCCUCAAGAUGGCAAGAGAAAUUGGAAGCUUGAGCAGCUGCAGCUCCGAGCUCCCAGCGAAAACGAGGCCAUCGUUGAAAUGGUUGCUUCGGGAGUCUGCCAUACUGAUCUGGGCUGUGGAACUGACCCUGAUGGAACUCCAGGAUUUCCUGUUCCUCCAUACCCACGCGUCUUGGGCGCUGGUUACGUCCGGGCAGUUGGCUCAAAGGUCACAAAGGUUAAACCUGGGGAUGCCGUUCUCCUUUCCUUUGCAUUCUGCACCCAAUGCCACAACUGCAAAUUCGGCGCUCCUGGCUACUGUCACGAAUUCACUGCCCUCAACUUCUCGGGUUCUGGAGAGGCCUUCCAGACUUCAAAGCCCACUUCUCAGAGGGUCGGGGGUUCUUUCUUUGGACAGUCCAGCUUUGCGAAGCUCACACGGGUCCAAGAAACGUCUCUUGUGAAUGUCACCGACUUAAUUACACAUCCGGAGGAUCUGAAGUUGUUUGCCCCUUUGGGAUGCGGUAUACAAACUGGUUCAGGGACUAUUACCGAACUGGCAGCUGCAAAACCGGAUGACAAGGUUGCCAUUAUGGGCUUGGGUGGUGUUGGUCUGGCAGCCAUUAUGGGUGCGAAACUCAGAGGCUGCAAAAACAUCAUCGGCAUCGAUCGAGUCCCUGCGCGAGUCGAGAUGGCAAAGAGACUGGGAGCAACCCACGGCAUAGAUACAUCAUCAGUCGCCAAUCUCGGUGAUGAAGUUCGAAAAAUAACAGGUGGUUCUGGAAGUACAAUUACCGUUGACGCAACUGGCGUGAUGCCUUUGAUCCAGCAAGGCCUUGACUUCACCGCCAACCAGGGCAAGAUGGUUCUUCUCGGUGUUGCACCGAUGACAGCUGGGUUGGAGAUCUCGGUUGUUCCCUUCAUGGUUACAGGCAAGCAGCUUAUCGGUAGUAUGGAAGGUGGUGUACUUCCUGAGGAUUACAUCCCUCGCAUGAUUCGAUGGUUCCAGAAAGGCCAGUUCCCGAUAGAGCGUCUGAUUAAAUUUUAUCCUGUUAGUGAAUUUGAAAAGGCAAUUCAUGAUAUGGAGAAUGGUUCUACGAUUAAACCUGUGUUAAUUUGGUAG